CCUUAUGUGGGCCCAAUUUCAGGAGGACUGAGAGAAGGCAUGGCCUUGUACUUGCAAGGAGUUGUUCCCACUAAUGCUGACCAGUUUGUAAUAAAUUUCAAGACUGGGAAGUCCGUGGGCAAUGACGAUGACAUUGCUUUCCACUUCAACCCUCGAAUUGGCUCAAAGGUAGCCUUGAACAGUUUCAGGAACAAAAAAUGGGAAGCUGAGGAAAGUUUCUCUGACAAUCCCUUUAAAAAGGGACAAGCUUUUGAGAUGUUCACUGUCAUCAAAUCCGAAGGAUAUCAGGUAUACGUGAAUGGCAAGGAGCAGCACACUUUCAAGCACCGUAUACCGCUGGAAAAAGUGUCAGCGUUAAAUAUCGCUGGAGAUGUUGCCGUGAACCUUUUUGGCUUCAUACAAAACUGGAGCACAUCUUCAUUUCCUACAGAAGUUACAACAAAAAUCAUCAGUCUGUACAGCUCACGUGGGGAACGUUCCACCGUACAGUCAGAGAUCUUGCAGCCAGUCCAAAACCCUAGCCUUCCUUAUGUGGGCCCAAUUUCAGGAGGACUGAGAGAAGGCAUGGCCUUGUACUUGCAAGGAGUUGUUCCCAAUAAUGCUGACCAGUUUGUAAUAAAUUUCAAGACCGGGAAGUCCGUGGGCAAUGACGAUGACAUUGCUUUCCACUUCAACCCUCGAAUUGGCUCAAAGGUAGCCUUGAACAGUUUCAGGAACAAAAAAUGGGAAGCUGAGGAAAGUUUCUCUGACAACCCCUUUAAAAAGGGACAAACUUUUGAGAUGUUCACUGUCAUCAAAUCCGAAGGAUAUCAGGUAUACGUGAAUGGCAAGGAGCAGCACACUUUCAAGCACCGUAUACCGCUGGAAAAAGUGUCAGCGUUAAAUAUCGCUGGAGAUGUUGCCGUGAACCUUUUUGGCUUCAUACAAAACUGGAGCACAUCUUCAUUUCCUACAGAAGUUACAACAAAAAUCAUCAGUCUGUACAGCUCACGUGGGGAACGUUCCACCGUACAGUCAGAGAUCUUGCAGCCAGUCCAAAACCCUAGCCUUCCUUAUGUGGGCCCAAUUUCAGGAGGACUGAGAGAAGGCAUGGCCUUGUACUUGCAAGGAGUUGUUCCCAAUAAUGCUGACCAGUUUGUAAUAAAUUUCAAGACCGGGAAGUCCGUGGGCAAUGACGAUGACAUUGCUUUCCACUUCAACCCUCGAAUUGGCUCAAAGGUAGCCUUGAACAGUUUCAGGAACAAAAAAUGGGAAGCUGAGGAAAGUUUCUCUGACAACCCCUUUAAAAAGGGACAAACUUUUGAGAUGUUCACUGUCAUCAAAUCCGAAGGAUAUCAGGUAUACGUGAAUGGCAAGGAGCAGCACACUUUCAAGCACCGUAUACCGCUGGAAAAAGUGUCAGCGUUAAAUAUCGCUGGAGAUGUUGCCGUGAACCUUUUUGGCUUCAUACAAAACUGGAGCACAUCUUCAUUUCCUACAGAAGUUACAACAAAAAUCAUCAGUCUGUACAGCUCACGUGGGGAACGUUCCACCGUACAGUCAGAGAUCUUGCAGCCAGUCCAAAACCCUAGCCUUCCUUAUGUGGGCCCAAUUUCAGGAGGACUGAGAGAAGGCAUGGCCUUGUACUUGCAAGGAGUUGUUCCCAAUAAUGCUGACCAGUUUGUAAUAAAUUUCAAGACCGGGAAGUCCGUGGGCAAUGACGAUGACAUUGCUUUCCACUUCAACCCUCGAAUUGGCUCAAAGGUAGCCUUGAACAGUUUCAGGAACAAAAAAUGGGAAGCUGAGGAAAGUUUCUCUGACAACCCCUUUAAAAAGGGACAAACUUUUGAGAUGUUCACUGUCAUCAAAUCCGAAGGAUAUCAGGUAUACGUGAAUGGCAAGGAGCAGUACACAUUCAAGCACCGUAUACCGCUGGAAAAAGUGUCAGCGUUAAAUAUCGCUGGAGAUGUUGCCGUGAACCUUUUUGGCUUCAUACAAAACUGGAGCACAUCUUCAUUUCCUACAGAAGUUACAAAAAAAAUCAUCAGUCUGGGCAGCUCGUGUGGGGAACAUUCCACUGUACAGUCAGAGAUCUUGCAGCCAGUCCAAAACCCUACUCUUCCUUAUGUGGGCCAAAUUCCUGAGGGAACGAGAGAAGGCAUGGCCUUAUACGUGCAGGGAGUAGUUCCUACUAAUGCUGACCGGUUUUCAAUCAAUUUCAAGACUGGGCCUACUGACAAGCAUGACACUGCUUUCCAUUUUAACCCUCGAAUGGGUUCGAAGGUGGUCAUGAACAGCUUUACGAAUGGAAAAUGGGGAGCUGAGCAAAGUGUCUCUGACAACCCCUUUAAAAAGGGAGAAGAUUUUGAGAUGUUCAUCGUCAUCAAAUCUGAAGGAUUUCAGGUACAAGUAAAAGGCCAACAACACAGCAUGUUCAAGCAUCGCAUUCCUUUGGAAAAAGUAACUACAAUCAACAUUCAUGGGAAUGUCUCCAUCAGCUUCCUUGGUUUUGUCAUGGGUAUGUGAACAGGAGCAUUUCUGUGGCUGCAUUCUCAGAGAAUAACGUUAAAAUCAUGCAUGCCCUCAUCCUGAUAUUCACUCAUCAAGUAAAUCAUUGAUCUAAUCCAUUACAGCGAAUCAAGGUUACUGCUUAUAUUGCAAUGAAAGCAAAUAAAUCCAAUUUUCUUAAACCACACUGCUCUAUGUUGGGAGUUUUGGGUCACAAUACAAAUACAUUUUAGAAAAAGCUCUGUCACCAUAUGGAUAUACAGACACCUGUAAUGCAUUAUUUGCAGGGUUUUUCUUUGAAUCUUAAGCAAACUAAAAAUCUAAUGGCAAUGUUAUUUGGUUUUUAUGCAAACUCAAUGACUGUUUUUGCCAAACCAUUCUGAAAGUAAAUCUUGAGAUACAACAUUAAAA